GUGGCGUGGAGCGCGUCAGCUAAUAAGAAACCCGGCACUCUGGACGCGCUCAGGGAGUACGACGAGGACGAGGAGAACCCGAACAUGACUGCCGAGGAGCGCGCGAGGAAGAUGGUCGCAGCCGCGGUGGAGGAGAAGCUGAGAGCGGGCGAGUCCGCCAACAAGGUGGGACUCACCCCAAAGGAGCGCUUGGGACCCAUGGGCGUGCUCAAGGAGGAGGUCACCAACGCCAACGCCCGGGCUCGGCGCCUCGAGACCGCGCUGCAGCGGAGGGACCAGGAGGUUGAGGAGCUGAAGGCGCGGGUCAACCAGCUCGCUCGGGAGCGAUCGGCGCUCGCGACCCUUAAGACUCGGCAGCUGGCCAACUCCGCCGAGGUGACCGAGACGGCGGCGGCGGUGGCCAAACGCCUGACCGACUCCCCGGACCCCAACGAGCGCCCGAGAACUCCCAAGAACUCGGCCGGCCAGCCGCUGAGCCUCAAGACCCGCUGGCACGCGCUCGAGAUGGAGGCGCGGCGGGGCGACAAGCGCCUGUUGCUGCUGCUGAGGUCGUACAAGCAUAUGGAGACGGAGUGUGCGGAUUACCAGCGGAUGAUGGAAACCGCGAGGCAGGGAGAGGAGUUCGCGAGGAACGAGCUGAGGGCGACGAAGGAUGCGUUGGAGGAUGUCUCCAAGAAUUACGCCGCCGCCGAGGAGUUGCUCAACGAGGCGCAGGAGAGGGAGGACAAGCUUGGCGAGAAACUGAAGAAUGAGCGCGAGCAGAGGAAGCAGCUGGCGGCUGAGCUCAGGAUUUUACGCGCGGAGAAGGAACAGAACGACGAGGAGUUCAAGCGGUUCAAAGACCGCAAGAACGAGCUGCUGGAGCGCACGGUGAAGCGGGACCACCAGAUAGACAAGAUCAACAAGAAGCUGUCCGAGACGGCUGCGGAGCGCGACGCCGAACGGAAGGAGCGCCGCAAGCUCGAGGAGGAGAUCCUGAGGGUGGAGCAGCGUAUGUCCACCCUGCGCAGACGGAACAAGAGCCUAGAGGUUGGCAACCAGCGGUCACGCGACGAGGAGGUUGAGGAGCUUCGCGCGAGCGUCUCGCGACUCUCCAUGGAGUGUCAGAUCAAAGAGGAGGAGUGUCAGAUGCUGGCGGGGAUGGUGUCCAAGGGUGGGGCCCACAGCGUCAUGAAGAGCGGAGGAUCCGUGUCUCGAGGCGGUGUCGCAUCGGUGGCGCGCGCGUCGGCUCCAGCUAGGGGAUCGCCGCUCGGCCUGGGUCCCGGCGCCGGCCUCGCGCCUCGAAGCCGAGCUCGAACAUCCGCACCCGAAGCGUUAAAAAACGGCGACGCCCUGUACGAGGAGUUCGCCUCGGCGUUGCGGUGACGGACGUCGAGUCGUGAUAGCUGCUAGGUGUAAAUCUAAUUGAAUGCGAGCUACUCGCGCU